CCAUAAUCGUCUACAGGCUUCCCUGGACAUGGAAAUACAACAAAAUAACAAUGAAGUUCAUCCACGCCGGCUUGCACAUAACAGCCUUCACUUUUGCCRUUAUUGCCAUGGUGGCAGUUUUUGACUUCCACAACAGCGCCAAAAUUCCCAACAUGUACAGUCUGCACAGCUGGCUGGGCCUUACUGCAGUGGUACUGUACGGUUUACAGCUUGUUCUCGGAGUUAGCCUCUACCUGAUACCAGCACCUGUGUCCUGGAGAGCAGCAUGUAUGCCCAUUCAUGUCUACAGCGGUCUUUUCCUCUUUACCAGCGUCAUAGCUGUGGCACUCAUGGGCAUCACAGAGAAACUGAUCUUUGGUCUGUCUGACCYGAAGUACAAGGACUCUCCACCUGAGGCAGUUUUUGUAAACGUUCUGGGACUCCUUCUGGUGAUUUUUGGAGCCCUUAUCCUUUGGAUCGCCACUCGAACAUCUUGGAAACGCCCCAGUGACCAGAUAAUGCAUUCUCUGCAUACCAACACCGGAGGGGAGGACAAUGCCAAAGUUGGUCCGACCUUGUCUGAACUGACUGAAGCUGAGAGCGACAGAGAURUCAGGAGGAGAAGUGAUAAAGACAACCAGACUGACUGAUUAAAAGUAUUAACAGUUCUAGUGAUUAAACGCACAAAACAGUAAAAAUAAAUAAAAUGGAGUAAAAUGUUGAGACAAAAAGUGCAAGCUUUGGGUUUAAGUUAGGUUUCUUUCAAGUUCCUUUAAAAUCUUCAAGAAUGCACAUAUUUUCCCAGGCCUUGUGAAGAAAUUUCUUUUAGAAUCCUCUGAAAAAUGAAUUGCUUUUCGUCUUUUGUUCAGUUAUUGUCACARUAAUUCCAAAUUGGUUUUAUAAUUCUAAGGACAGACCUCUGACCCAAACCAACAGUGACUCUUAGAUAAAUGUAAGAAGGCUGCUUUUUUCAGUUUAAUAACCUUUUCAAGAGGAAGUUUCUUCAUUCAAUUUUUCCUCUUUUUAAAAAUGUUCUCAAGUUUAUCCUAUGAAUUAUUUGGACAUGAAACAUUCCUUCACUCAAGGGAUGAAUCAGUGGUGUGUCAACAAAAAUUGGUAAAUUAAAAAUUGAAUAAAGAUUUGUUGGUCCUUUGUUACUAGCAGCAUAUCCCAAAAACAUUAAUUUUGUUGAUUUAGAUAAAAUGCCAAGUGUUUUAGCCCCAACAAGGUGAUUUCCAAACAGCUAUCAGCAGURAACUUAAUCUUAUGUUCUGUGUUUAUGAUGACGAUGGUUGAUUUAAAGACUGUCAUUUUUUUGUGC